GCCUGUUACGUAGUCCAUACAUUUUCAGACGACGGACAAGAUGCAGAUCUUUGUGAAAACCCUAACCGGGAAAACCAUCACUCUCGAGGUCGAGAGUAGCGACACCAUCGACAAUGUCAAAGCGAAGAUUCAAGACAAAGAAGGAAUUCCUCCGGACCAGCAACGGUUGAUCUUCGCCGGAAAACAACUUGAGGAUGGUCGUACCUUGGCUGACUACAACAUUCAGAAAGAGUCGACUUUACAUCUUGUGUUGAGGCUUAGAGGAGGUAUCAUUGAACCAUCUCUAAUGGCGUUGGCUCGAAAAUACAACCAAGACAAAAUGAUUUGCCGCAAGUGUUAUGCGCGUCUGCAUCCGAGGGCUGUGAACUGCAGGAAGAAGAAAUGUGGUCACAGCAAUCAGUUGAGGCCAAAGAAGAAGAUCAAGUGAGGUGUGCCUGCUUUGAAAAGCUUGAUUGUUUUCUUUUUGUUUUGUUCCUUCAAAGUGAAAUGCUCUGCCUAUAUAAACUCUGUUCUAGUGGAUGAAACUAAUUUAAUGUCACAGUCUCUCUCUCUCUCCUAAAUAAAUUUUAAAGAAGAAAAGCUUUCUUCAA